AUGACGCUGCACGCUGAGUAUGAGAGCCGUUGGCGCCUGCCAUGCGUGAGGGACCGGGGAGUGGACCCAGCCAGAGUCCGUGGGUCGGUUCUGGCUGCUUCACACGUGGUGGGUGACGUCUUCUGGGGGCCUGUCUUCAUCCGUGAGCCCCUUGAAAGGGAUUUGGGCUUCCUUCCACGGGUGUCCCUCACUUUGGUGGUGAUCGUGGUGCUGUUCAGAGACGUGUCCAGGUGUGUGGCGGAGAGGAAGUACACCCAGGAGCAGGCCCGGAAGGAGCUCCAGCAGGUGUUCAUUCCGGAAUGCAACGACGACGGCACCUACAGUCAGGUCCAGUGUCACAGCUACACGGGAUACUGUUGGUGUGUCACGCCCAACGGGAGACCCAUCAGCGGCACCGCCGUGGCCCACAAGACACCCAGGUGCCCUGGUUCCGUAAAUGAAAAGUUACCCCAACGAGAAGGCACAGGAAAAACAGAUGCCUCAGCUCCAGCGCUGGAGACUCAGCCUCAAGGAGAUGAGGAAGAUAUUGCAUCACGUUACCCUACGCUUUGGACUGAACAAGUUAAAAGUCGACAGAACAAAACCAAUAAGAAUUCAGUGUCCUCGUGUGACCAGGAGCAGCAGUCGGCCCUGGAGGAGGCCAGGCAGCCCAAGAACGACAAUGUGGUGAUCCCUGAGUGUGCUCACGGCGGCCUGUACAAGCCCGUCCAGUGCCACCCCUCCACGGGCUACUGCUGGUGCGUCCUGGUGGACACCGGACGCCCCAUCCCGGGCACAUCCACCAGGUAUGAGCAGCCGAAAUGUGACAACACAGCCAGGGCGCACCCCACCAAAGCGAGGGACCUGUACAAGGGCCGCCAGCUCCAAGGUUGUCCUGGUGCCAAAAAGAAUGAGUUUCUGACGAGUGUCCUGGACGCGCUCUCCACCGACAUGGUCCAUGCCGUCUCCGACCCCGCCUCCUCCGGCAGACUCUCCGAGCCCGACCCCAGCCACACGCUGGAGGAGAGAGUGGUCCACUGGUACUUCAAACUACUUGACAAAAAUUCCAGUGGGGACAUCGGCAAAAAGGAGAUCAAGCCCUUCAAGAGAUUCCUUCGGAAGAAAUCCAAACCCAAGAAGUGUGUGAAGAAGUUUGUGGAGUACUGCGACGUGAAUAACGACAAGUCCCUGUCUGUGCUUGAGCUGAUGGGCUGCCUGGGCGUGACCAAGGAGGAGGGGAAAUCCCGCACGCGGAAGCGUCACACCCCUAAAGGUAAUGCUGAGAGCACUUCCAAUAGACAGCCGAGGAAGCGAGGAUAAGUGGCUGACACGUCCAGGGCGGUUCCUAGACGUGUGGGAGGCUCCCUCACCAAAAAGCAAUUAAAAAAACAGAAACAAAAACACAUAGUAUUUGCACUUUGUACUUUAAAUGUAAAUUCACUCUGUAGAAAUGAGAUAUUUAAACAGACUGCUUUGAUCUGUGAAAAGGGCGGGGCUGGCUUCAGAAGACCGAGCACAUACAAUGUAUGUGCCCUCUUUUGACCUUGGGGUCUGUGCUCGGUGCAGCUGCACUUGGAAGGGAUCUGGGCUCCUCUUGGGGGUCACACACACGGUCACAGGGAGGCCCCGCAGCUCCGGCCCCGAGCCUUCCCCACCAGCACACUCACACGCGUGCCAGCCUGCCGCCUUUGAACCCCGCUGCACUCGCAGCCUCCCUGAGUCGUGUCGAAGCCUCGUGAUUCUGUAGAACUGUGUCACCUGCUGUCCCUGCCGUGCCGCUCACACUGCUUGUAAGGUCAGAAAGGAGCGGGAUCCUUGCGCCCCCUUCCCCGUUCUCCCUCACACCUGGCCUUGCCUGUCCUACUGUGGCCACCGGGACCCGCUGUGAAGUGUCACCUGAGCACCAUGACGACGGUCUCCUUAAACAAGGCGCAGCAGGACAGGCUGUGCCCCGGGUGGUGUGGGCGUUGGCGGCCAGCAGCAGGGCCUGGCAGUGCCCUGCUGCCCCCAUCCUUCUCCAAAUGCCCCCAGGGCAUGAGAACAUGCCAGUGGGAAGUUCCCCCCAGAGGCACUUGUGAGGGGAGGGUCAGGAACCCAAGGCCCCCGCCGUGAGCCGCGGAUCUGGCCCAGUGUCCAGCCAGCGGCCACUCCGAGCUGGCCGCCCCCAGCAAGCGUCCUGGCCUCACGGCGCCACCUGGAGGCCGGGCCGAGAGCUGUGCGUGGCCCCGGGGAUGUUGUCUUAGCUCAGACUUUUGGCCAAGAAAGAACCCUCAUGGCCCCAAAUCUCCCCACACGUGUCCUGUAAAAUGAUCUCUGUGAAUAUGCAUGAAGAUAUUUUAGGAGGCUUCUUACGUAUUUAAACUGUGCAAAGUAAAAAAGCUGAAACUUUGGAGCCACAAAACCAGCUCAAGUGUGCGUCACCAUUGCUUAAGAAACAGUUAUGACCAUAAAUUUAUCGGAUAAUCUUUUAUAUUUCUGAACUUUGAAUUUAAUCAUUUUUCUUAGAUUAAAAUAAAAUGUGCUAUCGAAA